AUGGAUAAACUCUUCGAUCUAAGCGCGUUGUUGCGCAAUAACGAGAAGAAACACAAGAGCAAACCAUUGCAGUUUAUGAGUGUCUCCGGUGGGGUAGAGAAACGGUUGCAGUCAAACAUAAAAACCAGGAAAAGCAACAGGCUGACUGUGUUUGAUAGCAUUAGAAACUUGCCUAGAUGUGAGAGUCCAUUACCGGCAGUUUCAGAGGCUAAACUGAAGGUGGAGCAUAGGCGACAGCAGUUGGAGAAAUGGAAAGCGGAGAAAGAAGAGAAAAAGAAACAGCAAGUUGCUCAAAAAAAGAAACCAUUCAUAGCUGGAGUGGUUAGGGCACCAUUGAAGUUUGAACCCCCUCCUCCCCCUCCCAAACCAAGCACCUCUGGAAGAGUAACACGUUCACAAGCACGCAACACCAUUUCUAAACCAAAAAGCCCAAAACAGGGUAGAGCUCAGUCAUUUGCACCCAAAAAUGCAACAUUUAAAGCACCACAUAUAAAAACCUUGGAGAAACUUCCUAUUUUAUCACAACCGCCAAAAAAUAAAAAUAGGAAAAAAACAACAAUCACUUUUGAUCCUGUAGCACCUCAUGCUACGGCGAAACAGACUAGAUCAAAAACUCAAACCAGACAAACAAAUACUGACAUUAAAAAUACACAUAAAUCUCAAUUUGAAACUCGAAGCACUAGAGGGAAAACAAACAUACUAACCAAAAAUACUGCUAAAUCAUCCAGAUUCACUAAAAACCCACAAAGCAGUUCUUCUGGAAGUGACAUAGAGACUUCAAAAAUGAUUAAAAAGGUUACAAAUACUGGUCAAAAUAAGACUUCAAAACCGAUCUCCAAUGGACCUAAAGCUCUUGUCUUUGAAUCUACAACGGAUGGCACAUCUAGUGAUAACUCAAGCCAGGAAAAUGCUAAAUUAAAAUCAAAAUAUUCCAUUGUCUCGGUGAAUAGCAGUGCUUCAGAGUCUGAAAAAAUAAGCAGUGACACUGAUUCUUCAAUUGUCAGAGAUUCUACAGUUAUUAGAAGAAGUACUCGCAAGUCAUUUUUCUUACCAAAACAUUUUAGUCCUGGAAAUUCUGGAUCAGGAAACACAAGUUCUGAUGUGGAAUUUGUCAGCGAGACAAUUUGUUCAGGUAAGAAGAAAUAUAGCAGAAAACCAUUGCCAAGUACACCAAUUGUACCUGUACCUAAGAGCGAAUCUAAAUCUGAAGAAAAAUUGCGAUCUCCAAAAUCCCCCAUUGAUUUGGUGUUAACUCCCGAACAAAUUCAGAUUGCGAAAAUCAGUCCUUGUGUUACUAUGUCCAGAGGAAAGGAUAAAGCAAGGAAGGAGGCAAAGUGGAAAAUGCAGGAAGGCCUCUUGGACGCCGACGCGAGUGAUAUGGAGAACGUAGAUCACUUUCGUCACCAACUGUCAUCUGAGAUUAAACGCAUCACCGAGAUGUGCAACGCCUGGGAAGCCAUUUCCGAAACAACUGUGCUACCUGAGUCUGUGCAGGAGGCAGUGCUGGCCGCCGUGGGCCAGGCCCGCCUGCUGAUGUCGCAGAAGAUGGCGCAGUUCGCGUCGCUGGUGGAGCGCUGCGCCAGGCCCGAGACCGGCUGCGCGCUGGUCACGCCCGCGGACCUGCACGGGUUCUGGGACAUGGUCUUCAUGCAGGUGGACAAUGUAAACAUGCGGUUCAAGAAGCUGGAAGAGCUGCGCUCACGCGACUGGGUCGAGGAGAAACCGCAGGCGCAGACCAAGAAGAAGACCGUUGGCAAGCCUGUGGUUGCUAAGAAGGUUGCGGCGACCGCUUCUAGUAGUUUGAAAGAUAUGAUAGCUGCGAAACGCAGGGCCCUGCAGCAGCGCUCGCCGGCGCCUGCGCCUUGGGCGACCGCAGACAAGACGUUCGUCGGAGGCUUCUUCCAGGUGACGUCGCCCGUGCGCUCGCCGCGCGCGCCCGCCGCCAGCCUGCGCCGCAGCGUGCUGGCCAGCGAGGCCGGCAAGUGCGCCGCCCAGAACGCUACACCCUUUGCCAUGCUGCGGGCCUCCAUCUUCGGCAAGAACGUCGACUGUCAGGACAUCGUGCCUUUACAGCAAACACCACAAAUGAACCCCAUAAACUUCAACGCCACCCCCGGUCGGAGCAUUCUGAAAUCAGCAAACUCAAAAUCAGGAAAGAAAUCUAUCAAAGUCCUUUUCAACGAUUCCAAUUACGAAGCGAGGGACUCGUUCACCAGCUGCGACAAAUCGAAAUCAUCAUUCGAAGGCGUCGAAGAAAUUGAAAAUAUUAACAGUGUCAUAUCGCUUAUAGACUUUGACAACAAGGAAAACUCACAGACUGGUAUUAAGUCUAAACGUUUAGUACGUCAGGAUGCCGUCGAAGGCUUCACCAGCGGUAUAAUGACUAGAAGUCAGAGCAAGAGUCUAAAUACGCCUCAAACUCACAAUGAAGAACAAAGGCGAUCGUCACGUAAGAAUAAAGCUGAAUCUAAGGAUACACCGAGCAAAACUCCCAGACAGUCACGCAAGAAGAAAGAUGAAGCCACACCAAGAACGGAAAAGCGAUCUUCAAAGAAGAAAAUAUUACAGGAAAUUGAAGAUGACGUACAAAAAACGCCAAGGAGAACGUCACGGCGAAGUAAAGUUCAAGAUUUAUUGACGUAAUUUAUUUUGUAUACUAUCGUCACAAACCAAAGGUAUUAUCAACUUUCUGGGAUGCUAUUUUAUUCAGGAUUCAUGUCUUCCCUUUCAAGACUGUGUUAUUUAAUAUGUUAUAACAAGUCUGUAAUUGCGGAUUUUUAAUAGACGCCAGUAGUUAAAAUGGAUUUAAUGACAUGAGAAGUUUACCCUUGCGUACGUAAAUAUGUAGGCAAUCAAAGAACAGUUUUCAGUCAUGAUCACGGGAUAACAAACCAGUGGAAAUGGUACUCGUAUCAUUUAGUACCAGGACCCGUACAGCCAUGUGGAAUACACUUGAAAAGUAUUAACUAAGAUAACAUUCUUGAUUGGUUACAUUAAUUCUUUUUGUAAAAUAAAACUAACUGUAAUGGAAUCCAGUAAGAUUUACUACUGCUAACGCCAACUGUAUUUAUUAAGUGGAUAUCAAAUAUCGAUUACUUAUGUACAACAUCGCAACACUGUUCGAGCAGCAUAGAGCAUUCUAGGUCUCUGUUUAACAGAACUUAUUAUCAUUAUCGCACAAAAUUAUUAAACGCGUUAAAAAUAGUUUCCUGGAUUUAUCGGAUACGUAUUUAUUAUUGUUACUAUUACAACAGCUGAAAACAGUGCAAUAAACCAUGUCACAAAAAUUGUGUUUAUUUUGGUAAGAGAUGCACACGUUUGACAUAUAAGAGCGGUGACACAGGACUAAGAUUCCACUAGUUUAUUGUUCCGUGGUCAUGAUUUGUAUCUCUGAUUUUUUACAUUACCAAAAAUUGCUUUGUGACUUACGACGUAACAGAAUGAAUAAUUAAAAUGAAGUUGCAGUCAAUUUAAAAACAAUUAUUAUAAAGUUUAAAAUUGAUACUCCAUUUUUGUUUUAGCUUUAUCGAAUUUUGUAUUCUGUCUUUAAGUGUUAAUAAUCUCGACAUCAUGUUAGUUAAUGUUGCAUUAUGUAUUGUGUUCUACUAUUGUUAGUUAUUUUCUCAGGUAUAUCUUAUGGCUACUGUUGACUGUCGCCAUUUUGUUAUUAAUUAUUAUCCUUCAUACGUAAAGCGGGACACACGCUAUCAAUGGUACUGAUCCCCAUUAAAGAUGGAGCCGUACUACGCGGAAGUGCACUGCAAGCGAAUACGGCCCAGCACGGGAAAAUUUUGUGUAUUAUUGUAUUGCGUCAGCUAUUUCGUAUUACGCUUCAACGAUGUUAUCACAAUGUUUUGACACUUACCAAAAGGUUAUUUUGACAUAGAGUUCAAGCAGUAGGUGUGGCAGAGUAUUGCCAUUUUACUACAGUUGUACCGAGUGGGGUGUCGCUCUUAUUCAUACUUCGUAUAUUUAGUACGUAGUUAUUACUAUUGUUUAGUAUUACGCUUAGCGUGUGUUCAGUUUAGAAAAUCAGUAUGUGCUUAGAAAUCUUCAUUGCCCGUUUAAUGUAUUUCGUAAAUGACGAGAAAUAAAAAAAAAUAUUGAAAGAAUAUAUUUUCGAAAUAAUGGCUAUAAUUAAUUCAUUUUACAUUUAGUAACCAUAAGAAUCUCUGUAUGUUGGAUAAAAUAAGACAUUGUCUUUAAACGUGUGCGUUGUGACGUGUGUCUUUUUAAUAUUAAUCUUGUAAAUGCGAACGUUAGUGUAUAAUUUUUUUACAU